AGAAAUUUCCAAUCUCCCUUCGCCACAGCUCUCUCUCUCUCUCUCUCUCUCUCUCUCGCCACUCUCUCUGUUUCUUCUCUAGCUCAACCAGCGCUCUCUCUACAAUCCUGCAUCAAUCAUGGCUGCUUUAGUGUAUAUUGUGAUCUUAUUGGCCCUCACUGGCCACUCAAGUGCUACUUAUUGCGUAUGCAAAGAUGGAGUCGGUGAUGCAACACUUCAGAAGGCACUGGACUAUGCCUGUGGAGCUGGAGCUGACUGCAAUCCAAUCCUCCAAAACGGAGCGUGUUACCAGCCCAACACCGUCAAAGAUCACUGCAGCUAUGCUGUCAACAGUUAUUUCCAGAGGAAGGGUCAAACUGCGCAGAGCUGUGAUUUUGCAGGUGCUGCUACUCAGAGCCCAACUGCUCCCAGUACCGCAAGUUCGACAUGUGUUUAUCCUGCAAGUUCCAGUCAAGCAGGAACUGGCACGCCAACCACAGGCACGCCAACCGGUACACCCACAAACGGCACACCCACCACCCCAACCUCGGUCACACCAACCGGCACACCCACCACCCCAACCACCGGCACAACUCCAACCACCGGCACCGGCAUCACAACUCCAGGAUCUCCGGCAUCAGUGUUCGGAAUAAGCCCCACGGGGAGUGGCACUGGAAUUGACAACAGUGGCGGCACGGCUAACUUGGAAGCCGCAAACCGCCUCUUCUUCUCUCUAGCUUCGGCUCUGUGCUUCACAGCGGUUUUACUGAUGUGAAGAGCUGAAGGUGGGGGGUGUAAUUGGCGGGUAGGCAUGUAAGUUUCGACAUUUUGGUGGGUGGUUGUGUAGGGAAACAUCUGCAGAGGCAUAAAAAUCCCAUCAGGGUUUUUAAUUUUUCUGGUUUCUGUGUUUUGCUUUCCUUGCUCCAUUGUGAAAAAGCUGGGGAAUUCGAUUCCAUUUUGAGUGGUGCUGCUGCUAGUGCUUAUUGGGGGUAGGAAUCUGAUCCUCUCUUUCUUUUUAGAUCUUCCCUUUUGUACAUGUAUACGAGCCACUAUUUUUUAAUUUAAUGGAACUACGCUCUACCCCUA